UAGAAGCAGGAAAUCCCCUAUUUUACUGAGAAUUUGAAGAAAACACAAAACAAAAAACAGCUGUGUAUUUUCCAUGAGCCCCAAACCAGAAAUGAAACAGAGCAAUGGAUAUCCCUUUUGUUUCUUCUCUCUUUUCUUGCCAAGAUAAAAUGAGUACUUGGAAGAGACGGGUAAGGUUCCUGGAGCUGACGGUAAAUAGAUGUUAACUUCAGGAGAAUUGAGGAGCCCCGCGACCCGCGGAAGACAAGGAGCGCUACCGAGCAUCAUGGCGCAGCACAGCGCACUGGACGCCUCGGGGACCCGGGUCGGGGCCAGGGCCGGGUCAGCCGCAGGUCCCAGGACAGCAGCAGGAGCCAGUCCUCGGCUCCGGGGCUCCGGCAGCGCGCUCUGGUGCCCCGUGAAUCUCUUCGUGGCCAUCUGCGUCCUGCUGCCGGUCCUCACAGACUCAGCACCAACAAUGCAGCAGUUCAGGGGCCACAGGCACGUGGCUGCUGCACAGCGAUCAAUGCGCACCCCGUUGAUGGGGCUGUGCCCCCCAGGAUCCCAUGUCUCAGAUGCUGGUGGAAAUUGUACCCUGUGCCGGUCUGGAGUUGAGUACACCAGUCACUGGAAUGCCCUCUUUUCCUGCUUACGCUGUUCAGUUUGUAAAUCAGAUGAAGAGGAGAUGAGCCCGUGCACCAGGACUCGGGAUGCACAGUGUCGAUGCAAACCUGGCACUUUCCGUGGAGAGGAUGCCCUGGAGUUCUGUCAGAAGUGCAAGACUGGGUGCCCCAAAGGGAUGGUGGAGGCGCAUCCCUGUACCCCCUGGGGAGACGUUGAGUGUGUCCACCAAGGAUCAGGUUGUGGAGAGGACUCCAAGUGCUUGGCAAGAGGACGGGUCAAGGCUCAAGGGUCUCAGAGGAAAAGGAUGGUGCUGGUUCCAGCUAAUGAUGCAGAACCCACUGAAAAGUUCUGAAGCUGUACUUCCAUUACUUUCUGAACAUAGUGCCCUUUGAUUCUGGAAAUUGAUCAUGCAGCUGAUAAGCCUCACAGAAAAUGAGAUAGAAGUGACCAUAGCUUGUGCAGCAUACCCUGAAGAUGUGCUAUAUGAAAUGCUGAUCAAAUGGCUCAACAAAAUGGGACAGAAUGCCUCACCUUUUGGGUGCCUUGGAAAUGCUCAGAGAAAUGAAUGCAAUGGAGGCAGUUCAUGACAGCCUUUUGGGCUCUGGAAUUUACUUCUAACAAAAAUAAGGGCAGAUUCUCUGGAUAAGUGCAGAUUAACUGAAAAAGUGGUUUCUUUACAGCAAGAUAUUUCAGAUGCUAAAUAUAUACUCCAUAUAUCCAAAGGAUAGGAAAAUAUGCAUUUCCCACAUUUAUUUUAUCACAAGACCCUUUUACCACAAGACACGUUGUAACCUCUCCCAGAACACUAGGCCAGUUUAAAAAAAGCCCAAACUUCAUGGCUUUCUGCAGUCUGAUCUUAAACAAUUUCUGAACUUACGUCUUUAUGACUUUCUGCAGUCUGAUCUUAAACAAUUUCUGAACUUACGUCUUUAUGACUUUCUGCAGUCUGAUCUUAAACAAUUUCUGAACUUACGUCUCACCAACUGCUGUAUGAAUUCCCACCUUCAGCUAGACCCUACACUUCACUGUACUUUGAGCAUGUUAUAUGCAUGUAUGACUGUCUUCCUUCCUGUUGAUAAAAAUGCUGUCAACCCUUCAUAGUUCAGUCUAAGUUCUGUUUCCUUCACAAAGCCUUCUCUAACAAUUCAAGCCCACGAUAAUCUCUUCCUCCUCUAAAUUAUAUCACUUACACUUUUCAUUUACUAUUCAUUUGACACUCAGUCAUCUUCUACAUACUUGCCUUUUGAAUUCAAUUUUGGUUUGUUAGUCUUUUCUCCCUUCAUAUGGGGAACUGUCCUUGAAGGAAAAGGCAAGCCUUUUGUAUAUGCCCCAUGGUAUUUACAGCUUUGCAAUGAACAGGACCUCAAAAAUAUUUGCCAAAUGAAUGAAAAACAAUUUUAGGAUAGUGUGCUAUGACCACUCCAGAUUCACUCUACGUUUUUUGCCCCUGCCCCAGAAAGCUGAACUAUAUGGAUCACAUCAACAAGUUUCCUUGCCCUCUGGCUUCCAGUAGGAUUCAGCUAAUAAGGAACACCAACAGAAGUCUGGAGAGAAUGAGUUGAAUGAGAUAAGAGAAAUUAUUUGCUGCCUCCCUCUCUGGCUGUGUCCCUUGGCCCAAGAUCAGAACUCAGUCUCCAGGUCCCAGAAAUCAUUCUUCCCUUUACCCCUUCAGGAUUUGAAAUGGUAAAGACACCCUGCUGCUAGCCUUCAGUAGGGCCCAUGUGGUUUCCUACACUCUGGUUUCUAUUCUAGACCCUGCCCACAACAUUACAUUAUCCCUUUAUUAAACUGUCAUCAAAUUAAAAAAAAACAAAAACAAAAAACAAGGGCUGAGUGUUACGGAAAAUAGUGGAGUAGGUCACUCAAACAGUUUGUCCUUCCAUUGAAACAACCAUUAAGCUGGCAAAAAUGGACAAAAUCAACUUUUUUUAAAAUCUAGAAUCUAAUUAAAAAUAUAAAGCAAUCUGAGGAGAGCUUAAUGAAUUACAAGACAGCUGAAUUUCAUUAAGUGUAUUAGUUUCCUUUUGGUGCCACAAUCUUUAACCACCAGUUGGGUGGCUGAAAAAAAAAAAAAAAAACACAGAAAUUUAUUCUCUCACAUUUCUGGAUUCCAGAAGU